AGAAUCGAAGGGAAAAAAGAAGAGCGCAGGGAGGAGAGAGACGAAGGAAGCCAAACAAAAACAAUCAGAAGCGGACGAACAGCGCCACGGAAUUCAUCGACAAAAAUUUUCAUCGUGCUCGCCGAAAGCCGGCCGCUUUGAGACCAUCCAAGAAACCAACCACCAAUCCUCCCGCGACCUUUUUUUCCUCCGCCAUUUUGAGCCACCGCCAAAGGUCGCCGUUUUCGUUUCUUGGCUUCUUUUUUUUCUGUCCUUCCUUUCGUUCUCACCGGAGGCCGGCCAAGAAAUAGGGAGAGAUUUUAAAAUUUUUGUGGCCAGGACAGGAAAAGGGUGCGAUUUGGGGGAGUUUUCUUGCGUUCUUGCGGCCGUGGGCGGCGCCGGUUUGGGAUUUCCGGGUGCAGAGUUGGUCGGUCGGUCGGUUGGUUUCCGGCGAGCGAGGGGGGGAGGAAGAUGCCGUCGCUUCUGGUCGACCGCGCGACGAACGACAUGCUCAUCGGCCCCGACUGGGCCAUGAACCUGGAGAUCUGCGACACGCUCAACCGCGACCCGGGGCAAGCAAAAGAUGUCGUCAAGUAUCUGAAGAAACGCAUUGCGCACAAGAACCCGAAGGUCCAGCUUCUUGCUCUCACGUUACUGGAGACGAUGACUAAGAACUGUGGGGACAUUGUCCAUAUGCAUGUUGCUGAGAGGGACAUACUUCAUGAAAUGGUGAAGAUUGUCAAGAAAAGGCCUGAUUUUCACGUAAAAGAGAAGAUCCUCACUCUGAUAGACACUUGGCAAGAAGUUUUUGGUGGGGCACGUGCAGGAUAUCCACAAUACUACGCAGCAUAUCAGGAGCUCUUGCGUGCUGGGGCUGUAUUUCCUCAAAGAUCAAGUGGCUCUGUUCCAAUAUUUACUCCUCCACAAACGCAACCCCUACAAAACUAUCCCCCAUCUUUACGCGAUGCUCAGCAAGAUCAACCUGAAUCAUCAGUGCCUGAUUUGCCUUCAUUAAGCCUGGCUGAAAUUCAGAAUGCACGUGGCAUCAUGGACGUUCUUUCGGAGAUGUUGAAUGCUUUGGAUCCUGGUAAUAGAGAGGGACAUAAGCAAGAGGUCAUUGUUGACCUUGUGGAUCAAUGCCGUUCCUACAAGCAGAGAGUGGUACAGCUUGUAAACAGUACCUCGAACGAGGAGUUGCUCAGCCAGGGCCUCUCUUUGAAUGAUGAUUUGCAGAGGGUUCUGGCAAAACAUGAUGCUAUUGCUGCAGGCAUAGUCGUUAAGGUGGAAAAACCAAAAUCUCUGCAAGCCCAAAUUAACAGUACUUCGCCGGCAAAUCCAGGGACUUCGAAAGGAGCAGUUGAAAGGUCUUCAGGGACUGCAAGUGCCAGCAACAAGCAGUUAGCACUUCCAGCUCCUCCAUCAUCUAGCGGUCCAAAAGCUCCAGCAGCACCAGUUCCAGUUAUCGACCUUCUUAGUGGAGAUGAUUACAUCAAACCUGAACCUGCAAACUCCCUCGCACUUGUUCCUGUCACAGAAUAUUCAGCAGCAGAUCAAAAUGUGUUAGCCCUUGCAGACAUGUUUGAGCAAAUUAGUGCCAACAAAAGCAACCAUAACCUUACUAACUCUUUGAAUCCGUUGAAUCCAAAUUCAAAUUUCCCUGCAUCACAAGCAUAUUCUGCUCCAAUGCAACCUGCUCUGCCUCAGCAUCCAAUUGCUUAUUCUAAUGGGGCUACAUCCAAUGCCAUCGUACCAUACUAUGAUGAUCAAAAUGGAGACCUUCCACCACCACCAUGGGAGAUUCAACAAUCCAUGGAUAACCCAUUCCAGGCCGGCCGGGUGGCAUUGCAACCAGGGCAACCUGUAGGGAUACAACCCCGAUCAACCCAAGCUGGUCAGUUUCAGUUUGGGCAAGAUUUUAUGCCAUCACAACAAAUGGCAAAUGGGCAACUAGGAGGAAUGCAGCUGCAACAACCACAGACCAUGCCGAAUCUUCAGUAUGGAGGGAUGCAUCCUUCGAUGCAAGCCAAUCAAGGAGGAAGCAUGUACUCCCAACCAAUGUUUGGAGGGCAGUUCUAUGGAACCCAUCAGCAGCUGUAUGCUGUUCAAAUGGCUGGCUAUGGAUAUGGCCAGCAACCUGGAGCUUACUACAUUCCAAAUGCAGCGUAUGCGUAUGUUAGUGCAAAUGAGCUUACCCAGAGAAUGAAUGGGCUUUCAGUUCAAGAAGGCAAUCCACAUGGAGCUGCAAUGGCAUCCAGACCUGAAGAUUCACUCUUUGGUGAUCUUGUUAGCAUUGCCAAAAUGAAACAGAACAAACCUGCAGCUGGCAAGGUUGGUGGCUCAUAAGGAUGGGUGACUAGACACAUGGUUUCACCUCUUUUGCAGCAGAAAAGGCUUUUCCUGACAGUACAUAAUUCUUUUCUGUUCUUAAAGACUCAUAAUACAUAAUCCUUAUUGCCACUUUUUGUGGGUCGCAAGAAGGCAAUACUGUUGGAAAGUAGUUUCUGGCACUUGUUGAUUUUAAGUUCGUUUUUCAGAUAGAAUUGUAGUGAUAUAUAUUGGAAAGUAGAUUGAGCCUUGAGAUGCAUCUAGUGCCUCAUGGCAAGGACGCUUAUAUAUAAAUUUUUAAGUCAUAUCAUAAUCAUAUUGGCAUCAUCAAUAAAUAUUCUUCUGUACAAACA